UUUCCGAGGACAUUUUAUUGUCGGCAGUAACACGAAUGUCUGAAUGUUGCGCGUGCAACAUUGGGGUUUUUACAUGCUGUGUAAUAAUAGUAGGUGGCGUGCUUUACCGUUUCUAUUCAUAGAAAGCGGUAUCCUGUCUGCGACGUCAGCAUAUUUCACCAACUCUGCAGCUGCUUGGGAAGACUUUCAACUGAGAAGUUGAAAAUUUUGCAGAAAUGGGCUUUGUGAAAGUCGUUAAAAGUAAGGCCUACUUCAAGAGAUACCAGGUGAAAUUCAGGAGAAGGCGAGAGGGGAAGACUGACUACUUCGCCCGUAAGCGCCUGGUCAUACAAGACAAGAACAAGUACAACACUCCCAAGUACAGGAUGAUCGUGAGGUUCUCCAACAGAGAUAUCUGCUGUCAGAUCGCUUACGCCAAGAUUGAGGGUGACCAGAUUGUCAGUGCCGCCUACUCCCAUGAACUGCCAAAGUACGGCAUCACAGUGGGACUGACAAACUACGCUGCAGCCUACUGCACAGGCCUACUGCUGGCUCGCAGGCUGCUGAACAAGUUUGGCCUGGACCAGGUGUACGAGGGCCAGGUGGAGGUGACGGGAGAUGAGUUCAACGUGGAGAGUAUAGACGGCCAGCCGGGGGCCUUCACGUGUUUUCUAGACGCCGGGCUAGCCAGGACGUCGACGGGCAACAAAGUGUUCGGAGCACUAAAGGGUGCCGUUGACGGUGGCCUGUCAAUUCCUCACAGCACGAAACGUUUCCCAGGCUAUGACAUGGAGAGCAAAGAGUUCAACGCAGAGAUGCAUCGCAAACACAUCAUGGGCAUGAACGUGUCGGACUACAUGAGCUACCUGAUGGAGGAGGACGAAGACGCCUAUAAGAAACAGUUCUCCCGCUUCAUAAAGAACGGAGUCACUCCAGACACAGUAGAGGAGAUGUACAAGAAAGCACAUGCUGCCAUUAGAGAGAACCCAGUCCACGAAAAGAAACCCAAAAAAGACGUCAAGAAGAAGAGGUGGAACCGCGCCAAACUCUCGUUGGCACAGAGAAAGGACCGCGUCGCCCAGAAAAAGGCCAGCUUUCUACGAGCACAGGAAGCAGAGGCGGCGGACGGUUAGACGGACCACUGGCUUAAUAAAUGUAUUGCAAAUGACUUUGUUUCACCGUCACUUUGCGAGAAUGGCUUCCUGUAUACUGCCGUUUUUUAUAUUUGAGGGAAAUUCUGGUGUGAUUGAAUGAGUUGAUUUAGCAGGUCCUCCCAUUCUGUUUUUAACAUCCUUUACUAGUCUGGGCAUAUUUUUUUUCAUACUCACUGCACAGACAGUCAGGAUAAUCCACUUUCAACUCGACUGAGACCACAGUGGUGAGUGGUAUGUGAUUUUUAUUGUGCAAAAUCAUGCUGGUUCAAACGUCAAGGUAAACAUGGAAACACAUCAGGAUUAGUUGGUCAGGAUACAUUGCAAUUCAUCCCUCAAAACCGAAGGUCACAGCUGCAUUUAACUCCUUCAGAAUCCACAUCGGACUGGGGUUCCUUUUUAAAAGAUGUACAGUGUGACCUACUUGUUUAAGUUUAGGCUUGAAAGAACGUAGAAACAGCAAGUCAAAUGCAGUUCAUGUAGAUAACAAGUCUGGUGUUUUCAGCAUGAUCUCUAGCUUGUACAGAAUAUGGUACUAGUAUGCUACACAGGGUUUAGUGGGAAACUACAGAUGUUUGAGAAAUGUACAUGGUACGCAAACUGGCUCUUGUCGGAGGGUGGAGAAGAGCCUUUAAUUUGUCCAGUUUUGAUGCAGCACUGCUAUAUGCCAAUACAAAUCAUCAAGUGAGGAAGGGUGGUGAAAUGUCCAGCAAAGUGGAUGACUCCAUGGGAUGUGUCCCAGUAUCUUACCUCCUGAAGUAUACACUCGUUCCACUACUUCCCAUGAAUCUAAACGCAAUGGAUCGACUAAAAGGAGUUCCACCAUAUUGGUAAUACCGGUCAUUUCAAAUCAUGGCAGGAAAGAUUAUUGGGACAAAGCCAUAGACUUCUAUACGCUUUCCCCGGUUAUAUAUAUUGGUCACAUUGUCUUCAUGUAAUGUGCAAGUGUACUUAAUGUGUAGUUCAUACUAUCACUUCAAAAUGUUCCAUGAGCUCCUUCAUAAACAGCAAAUAUCUCUACAGUU